AUGGAUCAAGAGCUAGAAGAGAUAAGAGUUGUAGGAGAAAUAGAAGAAGAAGAAGAACAACAGAGUAAUGAAAGAAGAGAGUUCAGGAUUUUUGAUAUCAUUGAAACCGGAAAUGAGAUCAAGGAUCAUCGUUAUUUUUCAUCACCUUCUUCUUUGUCACCAACUAGUAAUAAGAAAAUAAUGCAAGAGUGGAAAAUUCUAGAAAGAAAUCUUCCUGCUGAUUCAAUCUAUGUUAGAGUUUACGAAGAAAGAAUCGAUUUACUACGAGCAGUAAUCAUAGGACCAUCGGGUACACCUUACCAUGACGGUUUAUUCUUUUUCGACAUUCAAUUUCCUCCAGAUUACCCUAAUGUGCCACCCAGCGUUUCUUAUCAUUCUUUCGGUCAUAGAUUAAACCCUAAUUUGUAUGCAAAAGGUGCUGUUUGUCUAAGUCUUAUAAACACUUGGGCUGGCCUCAGAAAGAAUGAAAAAUGGAUUCCAUCUCAAUCAACUAUUUUUCAAGUUUUGUUAUCUAUUCAGGGUCUAGUUCUCAAUGCAAAACCCUAUUUCAAUGAACCUCUAUAUCUCCUGGAGAAUGUGUGA